AAGGGGGGAUAUUUUGUGGCCUUCAGCAGUCAAUUUGAGGUUUUAUAGGUUGGGAUUGCCUUAUUUUCAUUUAAAUAAUUGCUUCCAAUAAACGGGGCUGUUGUAAAACKUUGUAGACGCAAUUUUCGGGACAACUGUAAUGGCUCUUAUUACCAGGCAAAUUCCCCGGAUUUUUAUUCAGGCUACUCAAGGUGCGGCAGUUAGAAGCAUCCACAAUUCCACAAUUAGCAACUCCCCCGUUUUAGCUCAACGUCCAGAUACCCGCGUCACAGCCACUCUUAUUCCUGGAGAUGGAGUGGGCCCGGAUCUGGUUUAUUCUGUCCAGGAAGUCUUCAAAGCCGCCGGAGUGCCCGUGGAUUGGGAAUCGUACUUUUUUUCCGAAGUCAACCCCACUUUGAGUGCGCCACUUGAAGAUGUCGCCAAAUCAAUCAGCAAAAAUCGAGUGGCUCUUAAAGGAAUCCUGGCUACUCCCGACUAUUCCCACACAGGAGAACUUCAAACACUGAACAUGAAGCUUCGCAACGAGCUGGACUUGUACGCUAACGUGGUUCAUGUGAAGUCUUUGCCGGGAGUCAAGUGCAGACACAGCAACAUUGACUGUGUGAUCAUCAGAGAGCAGACGGAAGGAGAGUACUCGGCUUUAGAGCAUGAGAGCGUCCCAGGGGUAGUGGAAUGCUUGAAGAUCGUAACAGCGAAAAAAUCGCAGCGAAUUGCAAAGUUUGCCUUUGACUAUGCUGUGAAGAACAACCGCAAGAAGGUCACAGCUGUUCACAAGGCGAACAUCAUGAAACUGGGCGAUGGGCUGUUUUUACGAAGCUGCGAAGAGAUGGCCAAACUCUAUCCAAAGAUCGAGUUCGAGAAAAUGAUUGUGGACAACUGCACCAUGCAAAUGGUCUCCAAACCCCAACAGUUCGACGUUAUGGUGACUCCGAACUUGUAUGGAAACAUCGUGGAUAAUUUAGCGUCGGGAUUAGUGGGCGGAGCCGGCGUUGUCUCAGGGUCCAGUUACUCAGCAGAUUGCGUUGUGUUUGAACCAGGCGCGAGGCAUACGUUUUCAGAAGCUGUUGGUAAAAACGUAGCCAAUCCAACCGCGAUGUUACUUUGCGCUUCCAAACUGCUGAGGCACGUUAAUCUGACGGUUUACAGCGACAUGGUGAGGAACGCCGUCGAGAAAGUUCUUCAGGAUGGCAAAGUGCGCACCAAAGACAUUGGUGGCCAAAACAGUACUCAGGAAUUCACCUAUGCAGUUAUAUCGAACCUGGAAUUGCCAAAGGCUUGAUUUUAAUUUAAUUGUACAAAUAUUGCUAAUUUAUUUUUUAAUUUAGUACUCAAUCUUCGGAAGCUCAAGUUUAUUCCAGAAUCAGCCAUAAUAGUUUUUUCGUCCCGAAUCCUUUAAAAAUGUAUUUUUUAUGAAGUGAUUAAUGUGUGCGCAAUUUAUAUCUAUAGGAAAUAGAGUGACGUCGUUACAGCUUUGUUAUUAGGCCAAAAAGUAUUCUGGGAAUUCGCUAGUACAAUUAGGAUGGACUAUCUGUUGAAUAA